AUGGAGAAGGAGAACAACACUAUGGGGACAGACUUCGUUCUUCUUGGGCUUUUUAACCACACCCGGGUUCACCAAGUUUUCUUCACCUUGGUUAUGAUGUCCUUCGUCACCUCCUUGAUGGGCAAUGCAGCUAUAAUUCUCCUGAUCCACAGAGAUCUCCACCUCCACACCCCCAUGUACUUCCUGCUCGGUCAGCUUUCACUCAUGGAUGUGAUGCUGGUCUUCACCACCAUUCCCAAAAUGGCCAGCGACUUCUGGUCCGGCAGGAAUUCCAUCUCUCUCGUUGGAUGUGCCGUUCAAAUCUUCAUCUUCCUCACUCUGGAAGGGGGCGAGUGUUUCCUGUUAGCCGCCAUGGCCUACGAUCGGUUCGUGGCCAUUUGCCACCCUUUACGCUAUCCCAUUCUCAUGAGCCCCAGGCUCUGCCUCCUCCUGGCGGUGGUCUCCUGGUUGUUCGGGGCAACGGAUGGGUUGGUGCAGGCAGGGGUCACCAUGAGCUACCAUUUCUGCCGUUCCCGGGAAGUCAACCAUUUUUUCUGUGAGGCCCCAACUCUGGUGCGCUUGGCCUGUGACGACACUAUGGUCUUUGAAUCGGUCAUGUACGUUUGCUGUAUCCUGAUGCUGCUGAUCCCCUUCUCCAUCAUCCUGGGCUCUUACGGCCUCAUUGUGAGGGCGGUACUCCAAAUGAAUUCAGUGGCGGCCAAGAAGAAGGCCUUCACUACCUGCUCCUCACAUCUCAGUGUCGUUGGCAUCUUCUUCGGAGCCGCUAUCUUCAUCUACAUGAGGCCCAGGUCGUAUGACUCAAAGGACUAUGACAAGGUGGUUUCAGCCUUCUACACUAUCCUCACCCCCGUACUGAACCCUCUCAUCUACAGCCUAAAGAAUAAGGAUGUUCUGGAGGCCUUAAAGAGGAGUCUCACUGAUUUCCCCUUCUUCUGUGAUGAACCUGACAUGUUACCCUUAGCUUACACGGGCGUCUGGGUCUCUGAGUAUCCGGUGUUUAUGAGUACCACACCACCUAACUAA